GAGAACUAACGAAACGCACAAGGCGUGCGGAUCGACCGCUACCGAUUUAAAUCGUUUUUUAUGGAUUAAGCAACCAAACCUAAGUAUUUUAGUGUUCUAUCGCGCGUGACAAAAGGCCUAAGACUGUUAACCGUACCGCCGGCCGGCGUGUGAAAGAAGAAAAGGACGUAAGAAGAACCAGUCACAUCGAGAGGAUUCCACCAUUGCUGCAACCUCAGUUUUCGUGUUUCUAAUGACGACCGUGAACCCGCCUCGGGACUCGAACUCCUCGACUGAACCACCCACUGAAAGUCCUGAAACCGAAGCCCCUACACCUGCUCCUGACGGAAUACUUAGGAGGUUUAUGGAUUUAACUACAAAAUCAGAUAAUACGUUCAACGAAGAAAUAACGUCAAAAGGUAGAAGAUCAAUUAAUGAGAAGCGUACGACAAACAAUGAAGGUCUUGUAAUUAUGAAAGUUGUUGACGAUGAAGGUAGACCGAGAAUCGAAGUUGUAUUGUACCCUAGAUGGGCCGACAGCAAAUGGAGAAUUUAUAGGAUGGAUAAUAUUUUAGACCCUAAACAUUCAGAGGCUGAUUUGUUACCAAAUUCCAUAUUUAUGAAUGAAGACACGAUUGUUGUUGAAAAUGAUGAAUUCUCGCCUAAAAGUGUUAGAAGAAAUGCAAUGGCAAAAUCAUUGGAUAAUCAAGAAAUUACAAAUGUAGGCACUAUUUUACCACCUGAAAAGAAAAAUAUACUUCCCUUGGAUGACCACUCUCCAGUUACUAGUACAGAAAUUAAACUAAAUGAUAUUGAACAAGAACAAAUAAAAACGAAGAACAUGAAUACAGAAAAUUUGUUCAAUAUUCUUUCGAAAACCUCUUUUAAUAUUGCAACAAAUAAAGUUACUUCACCUGAGAUCACAACAGACGACAACAUAACUAACGUCCCAGCAGUUUUAAGUGAAAAUGCUAAGAGUGAAACAUCAGACACAUCUGAUACCGUCCAAGAAACUACAAAAACAAUUAUAUCUUUGGAUGAUUCAGAAAAUAAAUCAGUAACGGCUGUCAGUAUCGAUCAGUCAGUAAUAGAUAAUAUUUCUGAGACAGGUGAAGACAUAUCUCAAGCAACAAGUGAAAUUUCGAAAGAUAUUCCACCAGAUGUAGAUUCUACUGAGAAUUUCAGUGAUGUAACAACAAAUGCUGCUUCAGCUGAGCCUAUAAUGGAAGAAAUAGCUGAAGCUGGUGUUUCAUUAAAUACUGAAAUGGAAACAACAACUGAAACUAUCAUAUUCGAAACAACUACAGAAUAAAUUAUUUUUCCGGAAGAUUCUUCAAAAAAGGCAGUAAAAAUAAAUAAAUAGCUUCAAUCACUCCAUUAUACAGUAGUUGUCUUAUAUUUUACUACAAGACAAAUAAAGAAGAACCUCAAGUAACAAGUGAAAUUUC